UUUAUCUGUCUCCCUAUCACUUAUCAGAAGCCCAGUCGUGAUGAUUGGAAUGGAGGUAUGGAUGCUAUCACUUUUUCUCUGGACCAUCAGAAAUCUCUUAACCGAUCCCUGCUGGAGAUCCAUAAAGCAGCUGGAGAAAACUCUGACCCUCAUCUGUGUGAUUUCCUAGAGAGCAACUUCUUUACUGACAGUCAUGACACCAUUAAGACGCUGGGUGACUACGCUGGCAGCCUGAGUCGCCUCGGCUCUUCUGACCCGCAUGGCAAAAUGGGAGAGUACCUGUUUGACAAGCACACUCUCUGAUCCGCUCAGAUCUGAGUUUUGUUGCCAACAUUCCGUUAAACAAUAUGUGCAUUGGUGAAGGAGUUUAAGGAUUUUUGCACAACCGUUUCAUUUAAUUGUUUACACCUUUCAAAAGGCAUUUUGGUAAUAACCACCCAGUGUUUUGAUACCACAAUUUGAAGUACUUUUAAUCUAUUUAAAAGUGGGACUGUACUAUGAAAUGUGCUAGUCCAAACAUGGUACCUCGAGUUCAAGCCUUGACUACCGCGUGUCUGUUUACAGAAUUGUAUAGGUGCUAGUGUAAAGCCAUAUCUUACCAAAGACCAGCCUAUAGGCUCCUGUAGGUUCUUCAGGAGAGGUUUAGUACUGUGUACCAGUGAAAAGGAGUGUUUAUAUGUACGUAUUGUACUCCGGAAACUUUAGUUGCUGUGAAUUGUUAUACCUCAAAUAUGGUGCCUUAAUGUCAAUAUAGCAACAACAAUAAAUCAAGCAUUCCAAAAAAAAAAGAUUGUUCUCUUUUUUGCAGG